AUGGAGUCUCCUACUAAGCGCAAGCGCACGCCACCUGCACCUAUUGGCGCUGUUGAGCUCAAGCCGUACAAGCACCAAGUUGGCGGACAUACUACCGUCUACCGCUUUUCUCGUCGUGCUGUCUGUAAGCAACUCAACAGCAAGGAGAACAAGUUCUAUGAAACUGUGGAGAAGUAUCAUCCUCAGCUGCUCGCGUUCAUGCCCCGGUAUAUCGGAGUGCUCAACGUGACAUACCGUAAAGAUGCGAAGAAGUCGAAGGCGCAGAAUGUCGAAGGCGAAGAUACAGUACCGUCAUCCGAGCAACUAAGCAUCACAACACCGCCGCCGCCAAAAGAUGACGCGCCGGCGCAGCAGCAGAGGAUUGUCAGCCAUUCGCAGCAAGCGCAGACUUCCAUACCGCAACCGGAGCCUCGCAACCCGGAGACGUCGCUCGUACGCCAAGGCGAGCGUUUGGAGCACUUCUUGCUGCUGGAAGAUCUCACCGCAGGCAUGCAGAAGCCUUGCGUCCUCGAUUUGAAGAUGGGCACUCGGCAAUAUGGCGUUGAAGCUAAUGAGAAGAAGCAAGCCUCCCAACGUAGCAAAUGCAAGACCACGACUUCUCGCGAGCUCGGGGUGCGCGUCUGCGGCAUGCAAGUAUACAACGUCCAGAAGCAGUCAUACAUUUUUGAGGACAAGUACUUCGGUCGUGAUCUCAAAGCCGGCAACGAGUUCAAAGACGCGCUGACCCGUUUCUUCUUCGACGGUAUCGGUCACAAUCAGGCGCUCAAGCAUAUCCCAUCAUUACUAGAGAAGAUCACAUCGCUGGACCGCAUCAUUCGUCAACUGCCAAGCUAUCGCUUAUAUGCGAGCAGUCUCCUGCUGAUAUAUGACCGCGGCGAUGCCGAUGAGCAAGGCAAAUCACGACCAGCGAGCCGCGCGAGCGAGCAUAGCGGAAGGGAGGAGCACAAGCAACAUUACCACGACAUCAAGUUGAAGAUUGUCGACUUUGCCAACUGCGUGACCGCGGAGGAUAUGCCACGCAUCUUGCAGACCAAGCCCUGUCCGCCGGCUCAUCCGGACGACGUAGAUCGAGGGUACCUUCGUGGGUUGAGGACGCUGCGGAUGUACUUCCAGAAGAUCUGGGAAGAGCUGCAUCAUCAGAAGUAUGUCGAGCGGGGUGAGGGUGAGGGCAUGGCGACGCUGGAUCGGAGCGUCUCUGGUGCGGUGACGCAGAGGGGGUGGAGUGAUAGUUUGCUCGAGGAUCCGGGGGAUGUGAGUACCUGA